AGGUGCAGUGACAGAGAGGAGAGAGGUGCAGGGAGGGACUGGGGCAGAGUGGCAGAGAAAGUGACACGGGGAGAGCAACAACGUGACAAAGAGAGGGACAGGGAAAGAGGCAAAGAAAGUAACCAAGGGAGAGAGGGAAAGACGGCAGGGGAAGGGAGGGGUGAGUAAAAGCCAAAGGAAACCAAGAUCACCAAGGACACAGAGGAAGCAGAAGAGGCCCUGGGCAGAGGGACGCGAGCCAUGCCCCAUAGCUCUGACAGCAGCGACUCCAGCAGCUUCAGCCAGUCACCCCCACCUAGCAAACAGGAUUCUUCUGAUGACAUGAGGAAAGUUCAGAGGAGGGAGAAGAAUCGCAUCGCAGCUCAGAAGAGCAGGCAGAGGCAGACCCAGAAGGCAGACACCCUGCACUUGGAGAGCGAGGACCUGGAGAGGCAGAACGCUGCCCUGCGCAGGGAGAUCAAGCAGCUGACAGAAGAAAUGAAGCAUUUCACCUCAAUGCUGAGUUCCCAUGAGCCCCUCUGCUCCAUCCUGACCACGGUGCCCCAACCGCCCCCGGAGGUGCUGUAUGCCACACACUCCUUCCACCAGCCCCACAUCAGCUCCCCACGCUUCCAGCACUGAGCCUGGCCACAAGGACACGCAGCCUGCAGGUUCCACAAAUGGAAAUCAGAGACCCCACGGGGCUCACUCUUUGGUUCGCAGGAGGGACAUGGACUGUUACAGCUAUUCCUGCCCCUCCUUCAAGCGUCUACUGAGCCAGGCCCAGGGUCACAUGUCUAGGAGUUGGCCCCGGUGCAGAUAUGGCAGAACACCAGGAGGCAUCUUCAGGGAGGUUAAAUCUCAGAUCAACAGAGAAGGGAAGCGUUUGCAAAUUGGCACCAAUCCCUGUUCUGUUGUUUGCACUGGGACCCUCGCAUGGGUCUAUGUGACACAGGAACCCUGUCUCCAUGUGAGCAGUCAGCUGGAGACUUCACCAGUGAGUGCUCCUAGGAGAGGAGCGCUGGGAAUGAGGGGCCAUGGG